AUGACUCGGCGUUGCCUGCUCGCCUGCAGCUACCUUCUGUUCUGGCUCCUCCUCUCCUGCGCGGCGGAGGAGCUCAGGCUACAGGAGAACCAGCAGCCGCGCAUCAUUAAUGGAAGCGUGGCCAGGGCGGACGAGACGCGCCACCUGGUCUCCAUCCGCCUCCUGCGGCACGACAACAACUUCGGAAGCGGCCACAUCUGCGGCGGUGCGCUAAUCGCGCCCAGAAAGGUCUUGACCGCAGCCCACUGCCUGUACAACAAUCAGAGAAAGCGCUUUCGACGGGCCAGUGAGUUCGUCGUGGUGCUGGGCACGCUGAACCGCUUUGAGCAACGCAACGGCACCAUCGUGUCCCAGGUGAGCUCCAUAGCCUACAUGCACACCUUCAGCCCGGACAGCAUGCGCGACGACGUCGGGAUCCUCUUUCUGCGCACCGGGCUGCCGAUGUCUUCGGCCGGCGUCCACCUAACUGUGGCCCCAAUCCAACUGGCGGGGCAGGUCACGCCCCCCGGGAAGCUGUGCCAGGUGGCCGGCUGGGGUCGCACCGAGCAGAGUUCCCUGUCCAACAUCCUGCUGACGGCCAACGUGAGCACCAUCCGGCACCAGACCUGCCGCAUGAUCUACAGGUCCGGCCUGCUGCCCGGGAUGAUGUGCGCUGGACGGUUGCAGGGCGGCACCGACUCCUGCCAAGGCGACUCCGGCGGUCCGCUGGUGCACGAGGGCCGUCUGGUGGGUGUGGUCUCCUGGGGCUACGGAUGCGCGGAGCCGGGACUGCCGGGUGUCUACGUGGACGUGGAGUACUACCGCCAGUGGAUAGAGGGACGCAGCGCGGCUCCCUACUCCAGGGUGGCUCCCGGACUGCUUCUGCCCCUGCUGAUGUGGUGCUCGGUGUCGUGGCUAUGAUUCCACAUCUCGGGAUGCAUCCC